AUGUACUGGUUUUUUCUCCUCUCUUUUUUGACGCCUGAAUUCCUUUACAUAUAUGGGGAUAUGACGCGGAAUCCAAAACCAAUGAAUUCUUCUGGAAUUGAUAAUUUUAAUUUAUGUAGGAUGUUAUCUAUGUAUAAGAAUUCCAGGGAUGGUUAUAAAGCGAUAUUUCAAGAUAUAACAGGAUACAGACAACUUGAAAAGAUUAUUAUUAAUCUCAAUGAGAUCCCAUCAAAACUCAUACACUUUAACAAAAAUCUCCUGUUGGAUUUCGCAAAGAUCAGUGAUAUUACGGAUAUGGAACUUUAUAUCCAUGGAUCACAGUUUUAUCACAGCGUUGAAGAAAUGUUCAAAACGUUGCCUGCAGAAGUAUCUUACAAUGUUAUUGACCAGCAUCUGCAAAAUCUCAUGAUUUCCAUCCUAACUUACGAAAAAAGAAACGUAGAAUUUGGUUACUCAGCUUCAGAACUGCGGCAAUGUUUCAAAAUAAACGAGUUUGCUGCUCAGUCAGUCAACAUCUUUGGUGACCUAACAAUCAAUUGGUUUAAAGCUUUUAGCUCUGGUCUUACGCGGUACCUUAAUGCGCAAAAAUUAUUACAAAUGACGAGAACAGUUUUGAAUUCAGGACCCAGCAAAUCGUGCAGUCAUUGUAUGAGGGACCUCAGUUUGGGUUGCCCGAAUUUAGAUAAAUGUUUUGCAGCGGAUACUAAACAAGUAUGUUCAAACCCAUGCAACAGUUACUGUAUAAAUGUUUUUCGCGGAUGUUUAGCUCCGUCUAUCUUAUUUUUUCCUAAACAAUUCAUCUAUUCAAAUCAGAAGUUAGCAUGGAGUUACUCAAACCCAAUUCGUUUUGAUGAUUUGAGCUACUUUUUAAGUGCCACUACUGUGUAUCAUUUAAUUAAAAAAGGGAUUAAAGAAGCCAACGAAAAUGAAGCCUUAAUCCAACCCAAACUUGAGAAGUUUUGUAGAAAAAAUAAGCCGCGUACUUUACAAACUACUAUAGGUUUGUUCAGUAACUUAAAUGGAAAUGAUCAUACACUAAAUGAAACAAUGAGUAAUUAUUUGCAACUUAACACUGAGGAAUACGAUAAAUUAAACAAUUUCAUUGAGAAAGUUGCGAAAGAUCUAAAUUCAUAUCUUCAUGACAGAGACAAUAAAGUUCAGUAUAUGAGUAAUAUUGAGUUACUUUAUUGUUCACAAGAAGAUAAAAAUCGAUGCUGGAAUGGAUCAUCAUUUGAUCGGUAUACACGUCAAGUUCCAGAGUUCACUAUAAAUGGACAGUUAAAUAAUCCUGAAGUGAAAAUAACAAGCAAUGAUUUAAAAUACAAUUUUUCAAAAGAAAAGAAUGUUAUACGAAAGGAGCGGACAGAGGAAAAUAAUGCUCAAAAGGUGAAUUCUAAGAAUGAUGUUCCAUUGACUAACCCUCUACUGAAUCAGAAGAAAUCAGAUAGAGAAGGCUUAUUCAUUUCAGAGUCAAGUGGUACACAUCCUUCUCUUUUGUCAAGUGAUAUAAAUAUACCUCAAAUGAAUCCAAAUGUUUUUGAAUCAAAGCCAUCGAAGUAUUUUAGUGAAACUAACAACAGAGCUGAAAUCGUCAAUACAGAUGAUUUGUCGGAUCAAAUUGUGGUUCAAGGAUGUUUUGUAGAUGAUGAAGAUUGUGAAUUAAAUAUUGCUGACAAUUCAAUCGACGAUAAUGCUAAUGAAAGACAGUACACAGUACUUAGUGAAAAUGAAUCUUUCGACAAUUCACCCGAGUCUAAGAAAAAACUACAAGAUGAUCCGGUGCAUGACAACAAAACAAAGGAAUCUUUAAAGAAAACCGGAAUACUUCCAGAGAAAGCAUUGAAUUCUACAGCAUCUAAUUCCUCAACGAAUUCAAAAGUUCAGGAAAAUAUUAGUCUCAAUAACAAAAUGUCAUUGGAAUUGGUCUGCUUUGUUUGUAUAUUCUCUAUCAAGCUUUAUUCAUCCACAUGUUUAUAA